CACGGGAUCAUGUGAUUCGGCUACAAUACCUAUCCAAUACAGCCUAGUGUGGUCUAGAGCCGGAUCCUCCAUGGUUCGCCUUCAAAUGCGCCGUAUAAUCAACUACAGGAGCCCGUGGAAAUUUACAUCUACACGGGACCUCCGACAUAAUCUCACAAAUAUGGAGCCCCAGAUAACACCGAAUACAUUCUGCACGUAUACCGCGCUCCCGAAGGAUGCCACAACGACAGUUUUCUUCAUAUCCGGGAACCCGGGGCUGAUUGGUUACUACCACCCGUUCUUGUCUCUGUUAGGACAGUAUCUGGCCAAUUCAAGAGAUCAGUCAAGCACACGGAAUGGCUUAAAGAAGAUAGACUCGUCUAUUCAGAUCUACGGAUGCAGUCUCGGUGGAUUCGAGGUCUCACCGGCUACGACGACCGGAAAUGCCCUUCGAGACGGGAGGUCCAAGUUAUACGAUCUGGAAGAUCAGAUCGUUUUCGUCCAUGAUAACCUCAACACUCUCAUGAGACAGAAUGCUUCUUCUGCCAAUGAUACAUCCACAUCUACAGCUAGGCGGAAAGUCAUCCUGAUGGGCCACUCCGUGGGCGCAUACAUCGCGAUGGAAGUACUACGUCGACACCGUGAAGCCAAUCCCGAAUCACAACCAGAUAAUCGGUAUACGGUCGACUUUGACAUUAUCGGCGGCGUGAUGCUUUUUCCAACGGUGAAGGAUAUCGCACAUUCACCCUCGGGGCAGAAAUUGACGACUCUUUUAUCAUUGAUACCGCAUCUGGCUCUGGUAGUCAGCUUCUUCGCUCGCAUAUUAACCACCAUCCUGCCAACGUCGGCCUUGAAGGCCCUGGUUAAAUUGGUCAUGCAUAAUCCACCAGCCCACGCCCUCGAUGCUACGACCUCGUUUUUGAAAAGUGCAGGUGGCGUGCGUCAAGCCUUACACAUGGCCGCCGACGAAAUGCGAACAAUUACAUCCGACAAAUGGACCGAUGAUGUCUGGGGCGUGGCACAUGCGCGUGAACCGCUGACCAGGCUGUUUUUCUACUUUGGUCGGAAUGACCAUUGGGUUGCGGAGAAGACCAGGGAUGAGAUUGUUGCGGUUAGGGGAGGCAAGAAUGGGGAUGAAGAGGGGGAGGGACUGGGUCCCCGGAUGUUUGUUUGUGAGGAGGGAUUGCCACAUGCUUUUUGUUUGAAGCAUAGUGAUGUUAUGGCUCGGAAGGUUGCGGGGAUGAUUCGGGAGAUUGGGAAUGCUUCAGGGAGGUAGUCUAUAGGGGCUGUGAUUUUCUGAGGGGUUUGCUUGCUAGCUGGGCAAUGGGCAUUACAAGUCUUGCAACGGGUAUCAAGUGACAUUUCCUUCCACAAUACAUCUCCCUCUCCACACUAGCUCAAGGCAAGAAAAAAAAACGACGAUGCCGUGGAGAACCAAAGACCAAGUCGUACGCCAUAUUGUGCUGAGUAUGUGCUGAACGGCACCAAGGCCGGAAUCAAAAUCGAAAUCGUGAAUCAAUACCAAAUCCAAACAACUUCCUUCUACUGUCCUUGCCCGUUGCCCUGGUAUGCAAAUCCGGCUCUGCGGAAGAGGUCGCCGAGGACAUCUGAUUGUGCUUGUGGGGGAGCUGGUGGUUGUUGAUGCGGUUGAGGUCCCAUAGGGUACUCUUGAGGUUGUUGAUAGUACUGCGGUGGGUACUGCUGCGGCGGGGGCUGUUGGUACUGCUGUUGCGGAGGAUGCUGGUAAUGCUGCUGGGGUGGCGGUUGCUGAUAUUGCUCCUGCUGAGCUUGUUCCUGCUGUUGCUGCUCCACUGGACCCAUAUGAUGCGCACGCACACUCCACCCAUCAUCUUGGGCACGUUGCUGCCCGAAAAGGUCCUUUAAGGAUAUUUGACGGCCCAUGGGCACACUCGCUUGAACCUCUUGUAGAGGGGCCACCUGAGCCUCGGCUGCAGCUGCAGCGGCAUGGAGACCGCGCUGGCGAAUAGCUUCCAGACGCUCCCGCGCCAGCUUCAAGCUCUGCCCUGCGUGGGCGGCGCACUCGCGAAUCUUCUCCGCAUUGAUCGUCCGCGCCUGUGCAGUUGAGCUCGGCGGUGGCUCUGAGUAGAUCCAAAUACCGUAGAUACGUAGUCCGGGCGUGCCGGUACCAUUUGACGGACCAGCCUGUGGGGUUGAGGAGUCUGCGACGCCAUUUGUAGCGUUGGUGUCGCUCUCAUCUGCCUUGAGAAUCACGUAUUCCUCCGUCAACUCCACGUUGUCGCCGUCCGUCAGUUGCAGGUCAAAAUUGUUGAGCCCACGUCGAUUCAGUACGAAUGCAGUGUAUCUCUCCUCGCCGAGGCUACCCUGGGUGAGCUGGCAGACGAAUAGCGUGCCUUCCACGCCGUUCUUUUCCCAUUGUCGCGUCGUGGGGCUGAAGAUGUAUACGACGGCAUAUUGAGCGAGUGAGAGGAUGGAGGUGAUGUCUGGGUUGUGGCGACGCAGGACGGCGAGGUUUAUCUCCUCGUUGGUGCGCGAGGGAGGAGCUGGCUGCUGCUGUUGUUGCAUGUCGGAGAAGUAGGCGGCGUCGGAUUCAUAAUCGGUGAACUGGUUGUUGGUGGAGUGAUUAUUAUUGCCGGGAUGAUUGUUGUUAUUAUUUCGGCGAGGUUUUCGGGAAUUCAUUGUGGGUAUGAGGUGAGGUGGAGAGUGCGAGAGUGGACAGUCAAGAGCUGUGGGUGGUGUAUUUUCUUUAAAGGGAAAAGUGGUGGAGGGCUGGGCGAUUGCGGGCAUAUCGUCAUCGGGUCCCGAGCCCAAG